AUGCCGGCAGAGAUACCCUUGUAUGAUAUUGUGAUCAUAGGUGCUGGUCCAGUGGGUUUACUGCUUUCGGUAUCACUGUCACGAUGGGGUUACAAAGUCAGACACAUCGACAACCGACCAGUUCCAACAGCAACCGGACGAGCCGAUGGUAUCCAACCGCGGUCGCUUGAGAUUCUCCAAAAUAUGGGACUGAAACGAAAGAUCAUGGCUCAUGACCCCGCGCGAGUUUUUGAGGUGGCAUUCUGGGACCCAUCACCAGGUGGGAAGAUCGUGCGCACGGGUACUUGGGCCAGCUGUCCAGAAUUCCUAGACGCCCGGUAUCCCUUCACAGCGCUUCUUCAUCAAGGAUUGAUCGAGCGGGUUCUCAUUGAAGAUGUUGAGAAGAACGGCACCAAGGUUCAAAGACCGUGGACGAUCACUCGGUUCGAGACCAACCAAAAGAACCCAGAAUAUCCAGUCGAGGUAGACCUGAAGAACCUUGACAGCAACGUUACCGAGACCGUCCGAGCGAAAUAUCUCUUCAGCGGCGAAGGUGCGAGAAGUUUUGUUCGUGAGCAGCUGGGUGUACAGAUCCGACACAAGGACCCAAUCUCCCAUGUUUGGGGUGUUAUGGAUGGCGUUGUCCGGACUAACUUCCCCGACAUCAAGAUGAAAUGCACGAUUCACUCGGACCAUGGCAGUGUCAUGGUGAUUCCGCGCGAAAACAACAUGGUCAGACUCUACAUCCAGAUUGCCAGCUCCACAGAUCCCGACUUCUCUCCUCGGAAGACAGCCACUGUGGAGCAAGUACAGGCUGCUGCUAAACGAAUCUUCCAGCCUUAUUACUGCGAAUGGGACCGUGUCGAGUGGUACUCUGUCUACCCGAUCGGUCAAGGAAUCGCCGACAAGUACACUUUGGAUCACCGCGUCUUCAUGGGAGGCGACGUGUGCCACACACACUCCCCCAAGGCUGGGCAGGGUAUGAACACGGCCUUCCACGAUGCCAUCAACUUUGCAUGGAAGGUGCACUUGGUAGAAUCCGGCUUCGCUUCACGAGACAUCCUGGCUACCUACGAAGUCGAGCGACGCUUCAUUGCUGAGACACUCCUUAACUUUGACAACAAAUACGCCGCACUCUUCUCGGCACGACAGCCCACCGCCUCAGAAGUAGACGACGCUCACAAACAUGGCCAAGGUGAACACAAGAACGAAUUCGUUGAGAUGUUUAAAGCCAACUGCGAAUUCACUGCCGGAUUUGGUGUUGCUUACAACCCAAACAUCUUCAACCACUCCACCGAGCAUCCCUUCCAGCACCCCCUUAUCAUCACCGACAGCCAAAAGCUGCGUCCCGGUCGGAUCAUGCCACCGUCCAACGUGACUCGUGUCGUCGACGCCAACGUCGUUCAUCUCGAGAACGAAAUCCCGUUCAACGGGUCUUUCCGCCUGUUCAUCUACGCUGGGCUGUCGCAGUCGCCCAAGAAGGGCGCACACAAGGCUUUGGCCGACUUCGCUGAGAACCUAAGUGCAAAGGACUCAUUCUACUCGAAAUUUGGAAGCGAGGACCGCCGAAAAGACAACCACCACGACAUGGACAAUCCGCACUCUCGAUUCUUCUCGCUCGCCCUGGUCAUCGCCGCUAGGAGACCGGAAAUCGAGAUCUCCGACCUUCCCGCCCUGUUCCGAGACUACUCUGGCCGGGUCUAUGCCGACGACCGCAAGGACAUCAAGGUCCUGGACGCCAAAGCUGCAGCUCACGCCAAGGUCGGGUUGACUGGCGACGAAGGUGCCGUCGUGGUCGUGAGACCCGAUGGACACGUCGGCAUUGCCGUGCGCCUAACCGAGGGCCCCGGCACCGUGGAGGCCUUGGAGGGAUACUUCAAGGGCUUCACAGUCCGGACAGGCCUGGGCGGUGGUGCUGACAGGUUGAGAUCGCAGCUGUGA